AUGGCCUACACAUACGGAGACAGAGAGGCGCUGUUUCGCUGUCCAGACAGCAUCAGAUACAUGGUCAACACAUACGGAGACAGAGAGGCGCUGUUUCGCUGUCCAGACAGCAUCAGAUACAUGGUCAACACAUACGGAGACAGAGAGGCGCUGUUUCGCUGUCCAGACAGCAUCAGAUACAUGUUCAACACAUACGGAGACAGAGAGGCGCUGUUUCGCUGUCCAGACAGCAUCAGAUACAUGUUCAACACAUACGGAGACAGAGAGGCGCUGUUUCGCUGUCCAGACAUUAUCAGAUACAUGUUCAACACAUACGGAGACAGAGAGGCGCUGUUUCACUGUCCAGACAGCAUCAGAUACAUGUUCAACACAUACGGAGACAGAGAUGUGCUGUUUCGCUGUCCAGACAGCAUCAGAUACAUGUUCAACACAUACGGAGACAGAGAUGUGCUGUUUCGCUGUCCAGACAGCAUCAGAUACAUGUUCAACACAUACGGAGACAGAGAGGCGCUGUUUCGCUGUCCAGACAGCAUCAGAUACAUGGUCAACACAUACGGAGACAGAGAGGCGCUGUUUCGCUGUCCAGACAGCAUCAGAUACAUGGUCAACACAUACGGAGACAGAGAGGCGCUGUUUCGCUGUCCAGACAGCAUCAGAUACAUGGUCAACACAUACGGAGAAAGAGAGGGAGAGAACACAGCAGACAUGAAAAAGAUCAGCUCUUUGCAGGAACAGAAAGAGGACCUCCGGAAGCGUCUGUCCUACACCACCCACAAACUGGAGCUGUUAGAGAGCGAGUUUGACUCCACCCGACAGUACCUGGAGACAGAGCUACGCCGUGCCCAGGAGGAACUCGACAAGUUCACCGACAAACUGCGCAGAAUACAAAGCAGCUACUCAGCACUGCAGAGGAUCAACCAGGACCUGGAGGAUAAGAUCCAUAGAAAUUCUCAGCACCAUGACAACGAGAAGAGAGCCCUGAGCAGAGAGAUCAUUGUGCUCAACAACCACCUGAUGGAGGCCAAGCUGACCAUUGGAAAACUACAAGAGGACAAUGACCUGUACAGGAAGGACUGUAACCUGGCCGCCCAGCUGCUCCAGUGCAACAAGUCCCAUUAUAGGACCCAGCUUUCUGAGUUGCCUGCUGAAUUCCAGGAACGAGUGACCAUGCACAUGGAUGGCUCACCUCUUUGCCACACCGUCUACGCUGACUCUGUCCCCGCCUCCGUCAUCGCCAAGGUAUUGGAGAAGCCCGACGAGGCCUGCAGGGGCAGCCAAGCUUCCAGCUCGCCUAGCCCCCAGCCCCAGGACCAAGGCUUCCUCCUGGACACCCUGGACAGAGACGAGCGCCUGGGCCUCCGGGCAGCAUACAAGUCAGACCUGUACAGCAGCGACACAGCCCUCUAUUGCCCGGUCGAUCAGAACCGCGAACGCAGGCCAAGCAUGGACGUCCACAGCCAGAGGAAGCUGCUCUACGGCCCCCAGAACUCCACGGACAGUAACCCAGAGGAGGGUACCAUGUUGGGGCUGAGGUCUGGCUUCUCCCAGGAGUGCUUCGCCAAGUUCCCCACCUCUCUGGGCCCCACCUCAGGCAGCUCCUACUCCAGCUUCAGCGGAGGGGGCUCAGAUGACAACAAAGGCAAUGGCCCCCCCAGCAGCACAGCCUCCUCUCCCCACCACCACUCCCUCUACAUGGACUGGAGGGAUGGGGGAGACUAUGAGAGGAAGAGCGACUCCUCCUGGGAGAAAGACAGUCCCAGCGGUGGAGGCUUCGCCAAGGUCCACGCCGUCUUCCAGCAGGCCGGCGAUCAUGGUGGAGCACACCACCAGAAUGGCAGCUCACCCGUCUACAGCCGCACCAUGUCCUCGUGCUUCAGCGAGCCCUACGAACCCCUCCCUCCCUCCUCCUCACCAAGCGUUGCCUACGGAGACAGCCGCCGCGGAAGCACGCUGGCGCCAGAGGAGGAGGAGCCGAUUGGCCGCUGGAGGCAGCUGAGCGCAGAGGAUCUAAACUCCCACUCGUACUGCUCGCCCGGUCGGGCCUCGCCCUACAGCUUCUCCGAGCAGCACUUCUCAGUUCGGCCCGCCAAGAUCCGCCUUGGACCCCUCUACAGCAGCUUCCAGGAGGGGCCCGACUACUACCAGGGAGGGGUAGGACCCAUCAUGGACCCCCCGGCGUGCUUCUCCACGCCCAGCCCCGAGUGCAGCCCUGUGGGGGGCCUCCGUCAGUCCCAUCAGUCCCACAACCAGCAGGCCCACCAGACCCAUCUCUACCGGGCCAAGGAGGACAGCCAGGAGUCGGAGCCCAGCCUUUACCACUCAGGGAGCCCCAAAAACAGGGAGGGCAGCUUUGAUGUGGCGGGGGCCGGGGGAGGAGUGGGACAGACCAAGGAGUACGUGGACAUCAGCCCCAACAGCUCCAAUGAGUCCCUAAACCAGAGGUCCCUGGAGAUGGCUGCCGAACUGCAGCAGCACUACCAGUCCGAGAUGCAGCCCCCUUCGCCCCCCCAGGGCAGUCCACCACCGCCCCCGCCACCACCUUGUCCCCCUCCACCGCAGUAUCACAAUUUUGGCACAUUGGGACUUUCCAGAAAGGACAGUCUCACCAAAGCCCAGCUGUAUGGAACACUUCUGAACUGA